AUGGCCGCUCCACAACAAAUCGAACGUGUGUAUAGUGUGACAAACAUCAAACAAAACAUUCUGAUCAUUUUAGAUGCCGACGACCAUAACUACGAUGCAUGGAGAGAGCUCUUAUUGACUCACUGUCAGAGUUUUGAUGUUGCUGGACAUCUAGACAGAACGACUCUCCCAACCAAUGACGACGACAUGGUGUGGAAGAAACAAGACGGCGUAGUUAAGCUCUGGCUGUACGGCACAGUCACGAAGGAUUUCUUCCGCAGCAUCUUCAAAACAGGAGGCUCGUCAAGGGAGGUCUGGUUGCGAAUCGAGAAUUUCUUCCGCAACAACAAGGAAGCGAGAGCUAUCCAGCUAGAUCACGAUCUCCGCAACAGAACCAUUGGCGAUCAAACCAUUCAAGCGUACUGUCAGGAUCUCAAGUUGAUAUCUGACUUACUUACGAACGUGGAUGCUCCAGUGACAGAGAGAACAUUGGUAACAUAUCUGUUGAAUGGCCUUAACGCCAAAUAUGACAACAUAAUCAAUGUCAUCAUUCAUCGCCAGCCUUUCCCAACCUUUGAAGAAGCAAGAUCGAUGUUAUUGCUGGAGGAAGACAGACUCAACAAGGGAAAGAAGAACUUUACAAACAAAGCCUCUUCGUCAGAUGACAAGGUUCUCGCUGUAACAGACGCAACUAAUGACAAACGUCCUGCUCAGACCACUCCUCAGCAGUAUCACAACAAAGGACGCGGGUCCAAAAAGUCACAAAACCGUGGUGGAGGGCGCGGUUACUACAAUAAACAAUGUCCAUAG